AUGGAAGGAUCUUCGAAUAUCCAACCCUACAGAACUCCCUACGUUGGUGUCAACAUAGCCGAUGGCCGAUUUGUGAGUCUACGCCUUGAUAUUCGUGAUAUUCACCAUCAGCAUGGUUAUUGGCUGUUCGAACCGACCUCUGUGGCUGAUGCUUGUGCUUUGGGAAUCAGAGACCCUGAGGCCGUCAUUAGAGCUGUCUGGAAGAAGUACAACGGUACUUCAUUAGACGGACUCAUCCUUCGCUGGAUACCUAGCCGAUCGGAUACCUUCCAGGCACCGAGAAGUGGGAAUGUCAAAGCCCAUUUCUUUUCCAUUGCAGGUGAACGAAGAGAGCUUGGCCAGUCGGGAUUGUGUGGAUCAUAUGACCUACCAACAUAUCCUAAUGAUGAAGAUGGAAGGUUACUUCAGUAUCGAAGGGACCAAUUUGCAACGCAAGCAGCGAAAAGCCUGCGUCCUUCACUAAAUGUGUCCGCAUCCAGACCAACGACCGGAAAGGAUGGACAUGGAUUCAAUAUGCCGACUGAUUCUCGACGUACUCUUGAAUCGACUCCAUCCGCUGAAGCUGCAGGUCCUACCACUCUCGUACCCAAAUCCAAUCGAGACCACCACCCUUCCAGACAGGGUCUCGUCAAGCUACCGCAGUCACUGCCAGUAUCAACAGAAGACAGCCCUAUGACUUCUACCACUCUGCCGUUUCUCCUUGAACGUGAAAAUAACAGGGAGCAACCGAGCCCAUUCGAGGUCCGGCGCGAGACCACAAGCCCGGAUUUGGAAGGCACAAGGCUCCGCACCUUGCUGUUGAAUCUAGAAGGUCCUAUGGUGUCAUAUAACUCACUACCCCAUUCUCCCAAGAAUCAGUUGGAAUCGCCUGCGUCGGCUCCACAAUCCAUCAAAUUUAUUCCGACUGAGAACCUUCCUGAGUUUAGCAGCCGAUGUUUGCCUAUUCCCGAGUGCGCAAAUAGCCCAACGCCCGCUUCGUCGCACAGCCAAAUGAAGGGGAACCUUCAAGAUACCGAGACAAACACACAAGAAAGAAUAAAUAUCAUGGGAGAACUAUCUGCAGAUGUCCAUUACAACGAGAGUGGAAUCAUCUCUCCUGCUCCAGCAGAAGACACUAUCAGUUCACAAAUCAUGACGAAUGCUUCUGAGAUGAACCUAAACCGCCAGAACGAAAGGAUUCCGCCAGUCCCGGCUCCGAAUACUCCCUCCGCCUUGGCUCGUGAAAACUGGCCCUAUUCUGCAAUCCCAAACUCCACGGAAUUUCCAGCUAUGCUAGGGUCGCCACAGCGAGAAAGUGAAAUCGAAAAUCAGUUACUCAACGCUUUCGUUCCUUGCAUGGACUGCGGAAAGCUUUUGGGCCACACCAUUGAGUGUCAUAUCGGCAGCUUGAAGCUGGUUGAAAAGCCAAACGCACUAGAGCUACGCCGUAUAGCAGACCAGGUAGAGAGACUUGAUCCAGAGCAGUGGCGCGAGCAUCGAGAUCCGCCUCCCAAGGAGCGUGAAGAUCAUGCUACCGUGAUCGCCGGAAUUAUAGAGCUCAUUCGGAACGAUGACAGCUACAAGUCUGAUGAGUGCUUGCAUAGCCUAACUGAUGAAGCCUUGGUGAUCGCGUGGGGCUUGAGGCAGUGCAAGAGUACGAAGGCGGAGUUUGUCUUCUUCGAUGGUGACCGGCCUUAUGUCCUGGGAACACCUCCAGAUGAAGAGCCGGAGGACCAUGAAAGAUCAAAGGAAGGCAUGGAGAACUAG